AUGGCUUCGAACCUCCCUCUUCCCAUCCCACCGCGCACCCCCACCCCGCCCGCGGAUGACGAUCAGCAUGCCUCCACGAUCAACUCAGGGAUGCCCAUUAGUCGCGAUUCACUAUCGCCGCUGAAGGCCUCCUUCCCAAAGGGUGUCAUGGAUAUGGAGAGCAGAGACCGAUUGAGCCCUACCAAGGCAUCCUUUGGUCUGGGGACUUCCCCAGUUCAGAAUGGAUCGGGCGACAACCCCGCGGGGCCAUUCAACUUCGAUACUGCUGUGAUGGCGAAGAGCCCGGUCGUUAAAUCGAACAUUGGACAGCGUCGUGGCCACAAGUACAAGCACAGUAGUAUAUCGCACCAGAUCUUCCUCGAGCCCCCUCCACGCGCGCCUCUUGCCCUCCCGAACUCUCUUCCCAUACCAACAUUGAAAGAAUGCCGAUCUAGCAUGUCGAAAGAUCAGAAGACUCGCUUCUGGUGGAGUUUGUGCCACAUGUCCAUCGCGGCGUACACACUCUGGACCGCGCAUGGGUCUCUAGCCAUGACAUCGUUGUCGCAUUUGAUUCUCUUUGAUUCAUUGGGCGCUCUCUUAUGUGUUGCGGUGGACGUGCUGAGCAAUUUCGAGGUAUGGAAAAGAUCGAGCAUUCGCCACCCGUUCGGUCUCGAACGAGCCGAGGUUUUGGCCGGGUUUGCAAUGGCCGUGCUUCUUCUAUUUAUGGGGCUGGACCUCAUCUCACAUAAUCUGCAACAUUUCCUCGAAAAGUCCGGGCAUGAGCCUCAUCGUCCGCAUGAGCACGACCGCGUCUCACUGGGUAGUGUGGAUGUGACGGCCGUCCUUGCUAUAUCUUCGACGCUGGUCUCGGCCAUCGGACUCAAGAAUCAUGCCCGUAUUGGAAAGGCAAUGCGGUUCGGAUACAUCCAGUCCCUCCCGUCCGUGCUGAGCAACCCAUCUCACUUCCUCACGCUCUCGUGCUCCGCUCUGCUGCUGUUGCUACCCCUCGUCUCCAUUCGAAUCUAUGAUUGGCUCGAUAAGCUGCUGUCUGGGACCAUUGCGUUCUCCAUGUGUUUCCUUGGGAUGCGACUGGUGAAGACGCUUGGCUCGAUGCUUCUCAUGUCUUACUCAGGGCCGGGGGUGUCUGAUGUCCUCAAAGAUAUAGAAGCCGAUCCAUCUGUGAUCGGCAUUGACGACGCCCGAUUCUGGCAGGUCCAUUACGGGCUGUGCAUGGCCAAUCUCAAGCUACGGGUUGGGGGUACCGAAGACAACCUCCUUCGGUUGCGAGAAAAGAUCACUAGCUUGGUUCGCAACAGAUUGGGUGGAGGCUACGGUGGAGGCGGCCAGAAGUGGGAAGUCUCUUUACAAUUCACGAUUGAGCGAACAUGA